GCGGAAGAGACUGUAUACAAUGGAAAACAAAAAAUCAAUUAAGUUAUGAAAAACAAUAUUAAUUGCCUUUCUUUGUCGCCGCUGCACAUACAGAAAUGGCGGAUAUCUAGACACGACAAAUUAGCCUGGUAACGUUGUGCAGUCGUUGACGCUAGCUAGCCAACUAACAUCAUUAACUAGCUAGCUAGCUAGCUGUCAACAAAGGAUCAUUAAGGGCCAGGAGCAAGCUAGCAAGCUGCAACAACAUCCACAUGAUAGACAGCGAUUUGAUCUGUCUGCAUCCUGAUACUCUACUUGAACCACUGGAGAAGUUCCUGAGGUCUUUCAGAAGAGAGAGGCUGACCGGAAGAUGCCAAGAAGAAAACAACAGCAUCCUCAACCUGUCAAGUUGGAUUCUGAAGAUGGAGUAGUAACCAUUGGAGCUCCAGGAAGCCUGACCUUGAAGGCAGAUUUCCUUCUGGGACACGACCUUGAGUUUGGUGACUCCGACCAUGACAAGACCCUAGGCCUGGACGACAAAUACUCAGACUCUGUAUCGGCUGAGAUCGGCUUCUCUGUGUACCCUCUGGGUGAUGAGGAAGAGGGUUGUGUCUACCGCCGUCUUAGUAUGGAGGGCGACGCAGACGACCCCCGCACCGCCACCGAGAGCUGCAGGGACCAGGGAGACGGUCCAGCCUCCCAGCCCGACCUCGAGGCCCCCUUCCCCCCCUACCUGUCCUGCCGGGGCUGUGGCCUGGACCUGGUGGGACCCUACUGCCACCGGUGCUGCAAGGGAGGAGGAGGAGGAGGGGAAUUCAGCGCCGCGUUUGGCGGCUUUCGCUCCGGUUCGCGGUCACAAGCGGACGAUAGCGAGGAAGGAGGGGACGACAACUCGAUGAUGGGUGACGACGGCCCGUCGUCCAAGCUCCACUCCUGCCAGCUGUGUGGGUUCUCCUCCCGCUACGCCAACCACGUCAAGAGGCACAUGAAGACUCACAACGGGGAGAAGCCGUACCACUGCCCCCUGUGUACCUACGCCUCAGCCCAGCUGGUCAACCUGCAGAGACACCUGAGGAUUCACACUGGGGAGAAACCAUACAGGUGUGACCGCUGCUCCUUCGCCUGCAGUUCCCUAGGCAACCUGAAGAGGCAUCAGAGGAUGCAUGUGGCUGGACAGGAAGCAGUUAGACCUGCCUGCGGUCCUUCUAUUGGUCCCUCUGCCGGUGUCCAUCCUGCUAUUGGUCCCUCUGCCGGUGGCCAUCCUGCUAUUGGUCCCUCUGCCGUUGGCCCUCCUCUUAUUGGUCCUCCUGCUAGUGGGCAUGGUCUUAAGAGGAAGGAGGAGCCCAGUGCUUCAGCUGAAGAAGCUGUGAGGCCUGAUCUAAACCUCCACAAUAGAGACUACCUGCCACGCUACAGCCGACCAAGCAGACCACUGGAGCAACAGCUCCCUGACCACCAGCCCCCAAGACUUGAGGCCCCUGGCUGCGGGCCUGGACUUGGGGCUAGGGUCGGAGCUGGGACUAAGUCUGGGCCUGUGGUGGGAGUGAAGUCAGAGGACUCUCUCCCUCCUCUCCUCUUCCCCUUCACCUGUCGUCUCUGUGGUAUCCCCCUGGAGGACGAGGACGGUUCCACCGCCCAGAUCUGUGCCAAGUGCACCCUGGACAUGCUGACCAAGAACUCAUCCGGGCCCAACAGCCCCGGGGAGCGCGGGGACAAGGUCUACACCUGCAGCGCCUGUCCCUUCCUCACCCACUACCCCAACCACCUGGCGCGACACAUGAAGACACACAGCGGCGAGAAGCCCUACAAGUGCCCUCAGUGCGACUACGCCUCCGCCCACUUCGACAACCUGAAACGCCACCACAGAGUCCACACGGGCGAGAAGCCCUACAAGUGCCACCUGUGUGACUACGCCUGUGGCAACCUGGCUAACUUAAAACGGCACCAGCGGGUCCACUCGGGCGCCAAGCCGUUCCAGUGCGAGGUGUGCAGCUACAGCUGUAACCAGAGCAUGAACCUGAAGAGACACAUGCUGAGACACACGGGCGAGAAGCCCUACAAAUGCCAGGAGUGUGGCUACACCACGGGACACUGGGACAACUACAAACGCCACCAGAAGAAACAUGGCCUCGCCACCGACGGAUGGGUCAAAGUUCAGAUGGCGGGCGCCCACAAGGAAGAGGGGGGUGAGGAGGAAGAGGAGGAGGAGGAGGAGGAAGAAGAGAGGGUGGUGGGACAGCCGCAGAGGAAAGGAGGAGAGGUGAUGAUGCAGUACAUGUCCAGAUAGGAGAGGAACAGAGCUGUACCACAGAACAUGAGAUUGGAAAAUAACAGCUACCAGCAAAAUCUAGAUUUUUUUUUGUAUUGUAAUUGUUUUUGUCAAUGUUUUUUUUUUCCUGCAGCUGCUAUGUAGAAUCAUGCACAAUUGUAGAACAUGGUGAUUAUUAUUGGAAUGUUUUGAUGCCUUUGGACAGAAAGUAAGGAGGGUGAAGGAAGCUAUACCGAGCCUCUGGUUGCAGCUGUGUUGCCAGGCGAAUGGACUGGGAUGAGGGUUCUACUUUAACGUUCCCCCCAAAAUACUACCUGCAUUCUCCACCAUAUGCUGUCCCCCCCAACAGUGGCCUACAUAUCCUAACUUCAUUUUACAUUAUGCCUUACAACCCCUCUAUAGUCUCUGCUUACCAGUCUACUAUUCCAACCCCUCUAUAGUCUCUACUUACCAGUCUACUAUUCCAACCCCUCUAUAGUCUCUACUUACCAGUCUACUAUUCCAACUCCUCUAUGCUUCCAUCUUCUCUCCUCCGCAACCCCCCUAUCUAUCCCCAUAAUAACCCUCCUCAACCCCCCUAUCUAUCCCCAUAAUAACCCUCCUCAACCCCCAUAAUAACCCUCCUCAACCCCCAUGUCUAUCCCCAUAAUAACCCUCCUCAACCCCCAUGUCUAUCCCCAUAAUAACCCUCCUCAACCCCCAUAAUAACCCUCUUCAACCCCCAUAAUAACCCUCCUCAACCCCCAUGUCUAUCCCCAUAAUAACCCUCCUCAACCCCCCUAUAUAUCCCAAUAAUAACCCUCCUCAACCCCCCUAUCUAUCCCCAUAAUAAUCCUCCUCAACCCCCCAUAAUAACCCUCCUCAACCCCCAUGUCUAUCCCCAUAAUAACCCUCCUCAACCCCCAUGUCUAUCCCCAUAAUAACCCUCCUCAACCCCCAUGUCUAUCCCCAUAAUAACCCUCCUCAACCCCCAUGUCUAUCCCAAUAUCCCUCCUACUGUUAUUCCUUGGGGCGCGUUCAGCAGGACACGUCUUGGAACCUUCGGAUAGAAAUGUACGUAGAACAAACAUGCCUCUCUUCAUGGAAUUUCUAUCUGCAACGUUUGGCUACUGAACCUGGCCCUGUUUGGCUAGUGAACCUGGCCCUGUUUGGCUAGUGAACCUGGCCCUAUUUGGCUAGUGAACCUGGCCCCGUUUGGCUAGUGAACCUGGCCCUGUUUGGCUAGUGAACCUGGCCCUGUUUGGCUAGUGAACCUGGCCCUGUUUGGCUACUGAACCUGGCCCUGUUUGGCUACUGAACCUGGCCCUGUUUGGCUAGUGAACCUGGCCCCGUUUGGCUAGUGAACCUGGCCCCGUUUGGCUAGUGAACCUGGCCCCGUUUGGCUAGUGAACCUGGCCCCGUUUGGCUAGUGAACCUGGCCCCGUUUGGCUAGUGAACCUGGCCCCGUUUGGCUAGUGAACCUGGCCCCGUUUGGCUAGUGAACCUGGCCCCGUUUGGCUAGUGAACCUGGCCCCGUUUGGCUAGUGAACCUGGCCCCGUUUGGCUAGUGAACCUGGCCCUGUUUGGCUAGUGAACCUGGCCCCGUUUGGCUAGUGAACCUGGCCCUGUUAAGAAAUGCCCUUCUGAAGGAGUGUUUGUGGACUUAGCCUGAUCCCAGAUCGGUUUGUGCUUUCUUGCUAACCAACUGCUGCCAAGACAGCACAAACAGAUCUGGGACCAGGCUAGUGUAGUGUCAAAAUGUGUUGCUGUGGAAACGCUCGCUGUGUUCAUAUGAACUGUGAAGUUAGCCCAUUGUUACGUCCUCAUGUCUGUUUUUACUUGAAGUAAGGAUGCUUCCCUAAUGGCACCCUGUUCCCCAAGGGGCCCUGGUUAAAGUAGUCCCUGUUCCCCAAGGGGCCCUGGUUAAAGUAGUGCCUGUUCCCCAAGAGGCCCUGGUUAAAGUAGUGCACUAUAAAGGGGAAAAGGGUGACAUUUGGGAUGGAACCCAAGACGACACGUGAAGUUUUAAGCAUGAUCUGAGAAGUGUCAACUAAAUGUAUAGCGUUUUAUAUUUUUUUUGUGUGAUUGUAUUUCCUCAUUAGAAGGGCAUAUUUUUUUAUUAUAUAUAUACAUAUAGAACUUUUUCGUUUUUUCCUAUCUUGAAGAAUGUGACGUUAAGCUUGUUUAUAUGGGACAAAUAUACAAGGACCAUGAACUUUACAAAUCUUAUCAAGUGAAUUAUUACUACUACUACUACUACUACUACUACUACUACUACUACUACUACUACUACUACUACUACUAUAUGCAGUUACAUUAUUUUCAGGUUUAAAAUAAAUGAUGGAACAUCGUUUGAAAUGCAUUGAUUAGCCCUAGCCUGAAGCGUCAUGUCUAGUGUAGAGAAAUAUUCUGUGUAGGUAGAAGAUGGGUGUAUUCAUUCCGCCGAUUGUUGCAAAUGAAAACGGGGAGGGACCUACCUGAAUUUGUCCAAUAGAAACUGUUCUGGUCCUUUUUCAAUUCAGGCAGUAAAAUGAAAUUCCAAAUAAUCCUGGCAGAAUUACAGCCAUUUGGUUUUGUUGUGUUUUAGAAUGGGAGACAUGUCUUUUUGUGUGUAAAUGUUAAGACGUGUGCAGCGCUUAAAAAGGAAAGAGUCACUCAUUUUGAAUGUUAUUGUUCAUCUCUGAGCGACGUUCUAUCGAUUCCUGUGGUCGGUUUAUGUUUUAUAUUGGGAGUUAUUCAAACUACAGAAAUACAGCUGGUAUGACAAGUUUUGCAUCAAACAUGAAAUGGCUCCGGGAAUCGAUAGAACAUCGCUCGGAGAGGCAACAAAAAAAACAAGUCAAAAUGGGUUAAUCUUUCUUUUUAUUAAGGCCAUGUUAAGCUCUACCUACAUACAGUCCCCGAGUGUAACAAUACUUCUUAUGCAGUGCUUUCAUAAUUGCCUUAAGUAUUUUGAAAUAAACACAUGGACUUUGUUCACUCAG